AUGCCCCCGUGUCCUCCCCAGCAGAGCAGGAACAGGGUGACACAGUUGCCCACUCUGGAGCUGGGUGAGAUGGAAUUGACUUGGCAAGAGAUCAUGUCUAUCACUGAGCUGCAGGGCCUAAACGCUCCAAGUGAGCCAUCCUUCGAGCCCCCGGCCCCAUACCCUGGGCCCCCGCCGCCUCCAAGUUACUGCCCCUGCUCAAUCCACCCGGAGGCUAGCUUUCCCCUUUCUUCACCACCUUAUGAGCUCCCAGCACCCACAUCUCAUGUCCCAGACCCCCCAUACUCCUAUGGCAACAUGACCAUACCAGCCUCCAAGCCACUGACCCUCUCGGGCCUGCUCAGUGAGCCCCUCCCAGACCCCUUGGCCCUCCUGGACAUUGGGUUGUCAGCGGGGCCAUCCAAGCCCCAAGAAGACCCAGAAUCCGACUCAGGAUUAUCCCUCAACUAUAGUGACGCUGAAUCUCUUGAGCUGGAGGGGACGGAGGCUGGUCGGCGUCGCAGCGAGUACGUAGAGAUGUACCCAGUGGAGUACCCCUACUCACUAAUGCCCAACUCCUUGGCCCACCCCAACUAUGCCUUGCCACCUGCUGAGAACCCCUUAGCCUUAGAGCCCUCCUCGGGCCCCGUGCGGGCCAAGCCCACUGCACGGGGGGAGGCGGGGAGUCGGGACGAGCGUCGGGCCCUGGCCAUGAAGAUCCCCUUCCCUACGGACAAGAUCGUCAACUUGCCAGUAGAUGACUUCAACGAGCUGUUGGCACGGUACCCGCUGACGGAGAGCCAGCUGGCACUAGUCCGGGACAUCCGAAGGCGGGGCAAGAACAAGGUGGCCGCCCAGAACUGUCGCAAGAGAAAGCUGGAGACCAUCGUGCAGCUGGAGCGGGAACUGGAGCGGCUGGGCAGUGAGCGGGAGCGGCUCCUCCGGGCCCGAGGCGAGGCCGACCGGACCCUGGAGGUCAUGCGCCAACAGCUGACGGAGCUGUAUCGUGACAUUUUCCAGCACCUGCGGGAUGAGGCAGGCAACAGCUACUCCCCUGAAGAGUAUGCAUUGCACCAGGCUGCUGAUGGGGCCAUCUUCCUGGUGCCCCGGGGGACCAAGAUGGAGGCCACAGACUGA